AUGGCGCGCGUCUAUGCUGAUGUUAACAAGCAUAUGCCCAGGUCCUAUUGGGACUAUGAUAGCGUGAAUAUCUCCUGGGGCGUUCUGGAGAACUACGAAGUGGUCCGCAAGAUUGGACGGGGAAAGUAUUCGGAAGUGUUCGAGGGUAUCAAUGUUGUCAACUACCAGAAGUGUGUUAUCAAGGUUCUCAAGCCGGUCAAGAAGAAGAAGAUUAAGCGGGAGAUCAAGAUUCUUCAGAAUUUGGCUGGCGGACCUAAUGUUGUAGCCCUUCUGGAUGUUGUCCGUGAUAGCCAGAGCAAGACCCCGAGUCUUGUUUUUGAAUACGUCAAUAACACCGACUUUCGCACACUCUACCCCCGAUUCAGCGACUACGAUGUCCGCUUCUACGUGUAUGAGCUGUUGAAGGCAUUGGAUUUCUGUCAUAGUAAGGGUAUUAUGCAUCGGGAUGUGAAACCCCACAACGUUAUGAUCGACCACGAGAAGCGAAAGCUCCGCCUAAUUGACUGGGGUCUCGCCGAGUUCUAUCACAAGGGUACAGAAUACAACGUGCGAGUCGCCUCGAGAUACUUCAAGGGUCCGGAGUUGCUCGUUGAUUUCCAAGAGUAUGACUACUCCCUAGAUAUGUGGUCUCUGGGUGCCAUGUUCGCCUCGAUGAUUUUCCGCAAGGAACCUUUCUUCCACGGCAACAGCAACUCCGACCAGUUAGUGAAGAUUGCCAAGGUUCUGGGAACCGAAGAACUGUUUGAAUAUUUGGACAAGUAUGAGAUUGAGCUCGAUCCUCAGUAUGAUGAGAUCUUGUCUCGCUUCCCCCGCAAGCCUUGGCCCUCGUUCGUCAACGCGGAGAACCAGCGUUUUGUUAGCGAUGAAGCAAUCGAUUUCCUUGAUAAGCUUCUUCGUUAUGAUCACGCGGAACGUUUAACCGCCCAGGAAGCUAUGGCUCAUCCUUACUUCACCCAAGUCCGCGCAGAAGAAGCGGCUAACCGAAACAACUCUAUGUCUUCGUGA